AUGAAGAUCAUCACAGAGAAUAUUGUCAUGCCUGUCAGGAACAGAGCUGGAUCUGUCAGACAGACUUUAAAAUCUGUCCUGCCUUACCUGUGGGACGUUUACUCUGCACCCGCACCCACCGCCGGCAGAGACGUCCUGUCUCUACUGUCUCUCUGUUUCACGCUCGCCAUCGUCACUGGCGGCCUGCUUCACCACUGGCUGUCAAAGACUCUCAAGUACAACCAUGAAGCAUCCAUUCCGACCGCCUGCAUCUACAGCGUGGCCGUGUUUUUGGUCUCGUUCCUGUGUCACCCUCUGCGCUGCGUGCUGACCAUGACUCUGCCCACCGUCUGCACCAAACAGGGACGCAAACUCCUCAUCACCGCUUCUGUCAUGAUCCUAGUUUUGAACGUCAUCCCUAAUAUUACAGUGAACGUGGGGGCGGUCGCUCGCAUCCUGAAGUGCACCGCUGAGGGUUUCACAAAGACUUUGUUAAACAUAUCCGAACCUCUGAACGAAGCAAAGCGAGACCUUGUUGAGGAAGCCAUCAAAGUGAAGAGGGAAGAUUUGAGCAUUGUCACCAACUUGAGAAAGUUAGAUCAUUUCACACAUGUUGAUGUGUCAGAAGUCAAAAGCAGGUUUACUAAGAUGAUAGGGCAGAUAGAGGUCAACUUCUCACAAGCCAGGAACCUGCUAAAAGAAUUCAAGCUGAUGUCAAACCGGAUCCUCGCUGCUAUUUUUGUCGCUUUGCUAAUCUUUGAAUCUGCUCGCUACUUGAAAUCUUAUCUGGCAUCAGUUCAGUUUGAUAACGGCUACAUCUCCAAAGAGAUCCUGCAAAAAGGGGCUCAAGCUGCUAAAAAUAAAACUCAUCCCACAAGCUGCAAAAUAACAAGUCAGGAAUGUACUUCCUGUUUCAUAUCACUGGUUGUGGUAACGUUAUAUUUCAUUGCCAUGGCUUUAAUUGUAGCUCUGGAUCAUGUUGUGUAUCAUAUAGUUCAGGCAAUUUUGCCUUGGAUACUGGAUUUUCCACCAACAACUGCCAGCAUAAGUGUCAAUUACAAGGUUAAGUGGUUCCCCCCUGCCUUUUGUAUCAUCCCACGAUCCUGUUACACACGGGAGCUCACAAACUUCCACAGGGAUUACAAGUGGACUUUCAACCCCGAGCCGUCGCUCUGUGAUGUGACAACUUCAGCCCCGAACCUGGGAGUCACACUCCUGCUGGGAUGUCUCUGGCUGUUGAGCUACUCGCUGGUGUUCCUCGAGGUUUACGCCAGACGGCUGCGCAGGAAAAUCUCUGCAUCCUUUUUCAGAGAGCAGGAAGAGAGGAGGAUGUCUUACUUGAUGAAGAAAGUAGAGCUGAAGCAGAAUAGAAAAGAGCAAGAAGAGACUCUUGAUGUUGAGGUUGUCCGUGGGUGAAUGUUCACUGGACAAUGCAGUGCUUGUCUAAUUUUUCUGAUGACGUUUUUAGCCAUGAUGGCAGCGUGAAUGUAUGGAUAGUGAUGUCGGCCUGUCGGUCAAUCCUUUUGGUCCAGACUGAAAUAUUUCAAUAACUAUUAGAUGGAUUGUACGGAAGCCCUAAACGAACACGAUUCAAACAUUUUUUUAAUAUCAUUAUCUAAAGAUCACGAGUUAAUUAUGUCGUUAACUUGAGAAAACAAGCUUUGUUAUCUCGAGAUAACAACAUAAUUAACUCGUUAUCACCAGAAAACAAAAGGUCAUUUUCUUUUAUGACUUAUAAUGUUUGGGUCAAACCAGCCAACGGCAAAUGCAUUCAGACAGCCCAGAUCGAGCUGAAAGCAUGGAUGUAUACAUCCUGACAGUGAUGGACUUGAUGGUGAAGUUAGUUGAAAAUGUAUCUUGUGAUCUUGAGACAAAAAAAAAAA